CGUCAUUAGCUGACGAUCGGCGCGCGACGCGUGCCCCGCGUGCCCGUCUCGAGAAGCGUCUCCGCUCCAGGAACGUUGGAUCGCGAGCCCGCCACCCUUCUCGUCGGCGCGUGAUGGUCAGUGUCACGAUCAUCCUGCGCUCGCUGCGUGUAGGAGUGCUGACCGCGCUGUGAUCGCUCACUGGUGACCUGCCGCGCGUAAUGAUCGGAGUGUGAAUACCGGUGCGUGAGCUGUGUAACGAUCAGUGAGCGUGUGUGUGGUGAUCGGUGCGUGAUGAUGAGCGGGGAGGCGGAUUGACAGACGGCGCUCGGCCUCCAGCUCUCCCGCGCCCGCUCGCGCUCCCGCCCCGCCGCGCCGCGCCGCGCCGCUCCGCCGAGUCGCUCCCGGAGAGACAGAGACUGUAACAGUGGGCGGAUGAUGUGAGAGAGCAGCCGGUGUGUUGCAGCAGCGGUCACCGAGCUCAGAUGAAUAAGGAGAUCAUGUCGCGAGUUGUGAAGAAGAGGCAGGCAGACCCUAGGGUGGUCCAGCACAUGUGGACGGCCAUCGAAGUCAUCCGCAAUCAGAAACAAAUUGCAAACAUGGACCGAAUUUCAAAGUACCUGAGCCGUGUGUUUGGCAUCCACCCCAAGGAGACUACCCGUCAGCUGGCCUUAGCUGUGAAGGACGGCCUGGUGGUGGAGACCCUCACAGUGGGCUGCAAGGGCUCCAAGGCCGGCAUCGAGCAGGAGGGCUACUGGCUACCUGGGGACGAAAUGGAGCAGAUGGCUGAAGGGAGUAAGGUAAGGGACUGGGAAGCCGAGAGCCAUGACUGGUACUGCUUCGAGUGCCACCAGCCGGGGGAUGUGCUGCCCUGCGACAGCUGCUUCCGUGUGUACCACCUGCGCUGCCUGGCCGAGGAAGGCCGGCCCAGGGACGGCGGCUCGCACUGGCAAUGUGCCAUCUGCAAGGGUAGUAAGAAGAAGAACCUUAACAAGCAGGAGAUGACCAAGUAUCUCCGUUUCAUUGUCAACCGCAUGAAAGAGAGGGCUGUGGACUUGAACAAAAAAGGCAAAGAUACCAAACAGCCCAUGUACCGGCGUCUCAUCCACACUGCGAUGGAAGUCUCCACUAUACAGGAGAACCUCACUGAGGGGAAAUACAAGAGCUUCGACGAGUUCAAAGCAGACGCUCAGCUCAUCGUACACAACACUGCCAUCUUGUUCGGAGUCCACAGCGAUCAAGCUGAAAUAGCAAGGAUGCUGUACAGCGACACGUGUCACGAGCUGAAUGAGCUGCAGCUCUGCAAAAACUGUUUCUACCUGUCCAACGCCCGGCCGGACAACUGGUUCUGCUACCCCUGUGUACCCAGUCAUGAGGUGGUCUGGGCCAGGAUGAAGGGCUUUGGCUACUGGCCUGCCAAGGUCCUACAGAGAGAGGACAACCAGGUGGACGUUCGUUUCUUUGGUCACCAGCAUCAGAGGGCCUGGAUCCCUGCCGACAAUAUCCAGGACAUCCAGGUGAGCGUCCAGCAACUGCAGGUGAAGCGCAGCGCUGGUUGGAAGAAGGCCUGUGAGGAGCUAGCCUUGUACCAGCGCUUCCUGCGGGAGGGCCGCGUGUGGAAGACCAAGAUGGAGGAGCGGUCAGAGGAGGAUCCGGAGUCAAGCAUCUCAUCCACCAGCAAUGAGCAGCUCAAGCUGAGCCAGGAGCCCAAGGCCAAGAAGGCAAGACGUGGCCAGCCAGCGGAGCCCAAGGAGGAGGAGCCUGAACCAGAGGUGGAGGCAGUCAGCUCUAGCCAGGAGAUCCCCACCUCACCCCGUCAGCCCGAGAAGUUCUCAGUGUCGACCCAGACCCGCAAGGGCAGCGCAGCGUCACCUCGAACCCUGCACCGGGGCACCCAGACCAAUGGAGACAACAGCUGCCAGAACCGGUGCCACGAGAAGUACACCAAGAUCUUCAAUGAUGUCAAGGAGAUGAUGAAGGCGGACAACAAGCGCGAGACAGAGCGGGCAGUGAGGGAGGCCCUGGAGAAGCUGCGCACGGAACUGGAGGAGGAGAAGCGGCAGGCGGUGAGCAAGGCCGUGGCCGGAGUGCAGGCAGAGAUGGAGCGCAAGUGCAAGCAGGUGAAGGAGCGCUGCAAGGAGGAGCUCGUGGAGGAGAUCAAGAAGUUGGUGGCUCAACACAAGCAGCUCAUCUCGCAGACCAAGAAGAAGCAGUGGUGCUACAACUGCGAGGAGGAGGCCAUGUACCACUGCUGCUGGAACACAUCCUACUGCUCCAUCAAGUGCCAGCAGGAACACUGGCACGCUGACCACAAGCGCACCUGUCGCAGGAAAAGGUGAAGGAGGAGGGGAUGGAAGCGGGGAAGGCCCUGGCCACACCCAUACCACACCGCCAGCCAAUCACUGUGUAGCAGAAGUCCUGUGGCUCACAUGCCAUUGGGUCCUUUUUUCACUUCUCCUCCCACUUCCUGCCUCCAGCAGCUGCCCCGUCCCAACUCUGUGGACCCAGAACUAUGCACAGAGCUGGAAAAUCUCUCCUCUCAUCCGAUCUUAUUUAAUACACCCAAGUGUUGAUUUUAUCUCAUUUUCAAAAAUUCAUAAUUCGAGGGACAAGACUCGAAUUCCUAGGAUGGUUUUUUUUUUUUUUUAACUGAAGUGCUAAUUCUACCUUUGUUGGAGAAUGUGUUAUUUAAGUGUUCAGCAAAACUCGAGCAUUAAUACAUUUUAUUACCUGAAUUUUUUUUAAAUCACGUUUCUUACUGUAAAUGGUUAACGAAAAAUAUAUGUGGACGUUGAUCUUGAGAUAUAAAACUAUUGUAACAGUAAAGGAGUUGCUUUCGUAAAAAAAAAUUUUAAAAAAAGAUUAAAAAUAUGUAAAAAAAGAAAAAAAAGGUCAUUGAGAAUUGAAACAGUUUAACGAUGUAGGUCAUGAGCGUUCGCUGAUUUUAUCAGUGUUCGUUUGGACAGGAGCGGAGGGAGGUCAGCUAGGGUAACGUCUCCAUAAUCUCCAUCUCGAUUUUGGGAACAGGGUUUUCGUGUCCGGCGUCAUGCCUGACAAAAAAAAAAAAACAUUAUUAUGCAGACUUUGUCUUAUUUUAAAUACCAGGUUGUUUUUACGAAACUAAACGUUUUUGCUCUUUUAGGCUAAAAAUUAUUGGGGAAAAUGCAAGGUUUUUCCAGAGUUCGACCAUUGAGACAUUUUAGGGGUUUUAUGGUUUGCACAUGUCAUUCCUGGUCCAAACCCAAAAAUGUCUAAAAAUAAGCGUAUAAAAAGGCCACACAUCGCGUAGCAUGUGGCUCGUGUGAGAACGCAGGGCAAGGGCUCAUUCCCCCGCCCCUUUUUGCUCCUUUUUAAUUGGUUGGCGCCACUUCAUUGUGGCGUGUUCACGGAAACGCGGUACAGAGACGAGUCGCGUUUCCUCUCCGCUUGCGCAGUACUUAGUGGUGAAGAGCAUCGUCCCGCCCAGCGCACGAGCGCACCGGUGCCCCACCACUUGGUAGGAAGGAAAGGCGAAGCUGCUCAGUUUGCAAUUCAGGAUGGACCAAUGUAAAAGACGACUAGUUAUCCCCAAAUACGAAUAAUUUCAGGUGUUCUCCUUAGAGUAACAUUUUGCUUUAUUUAGCAUCUUCUUAUUUAUACGUUUGUAUUAAGAGAAGUAGAAAGAAAAGCCCAUGAAAUGGAUUUUUAGUACACGCCGUCCAUUUUAGUGAAAUUCUUUAAGAACAAGCAGGCUGACCAGUCUUUGACCCUGUUCACAAGAACCUGGUUCUUUUUUGUCAUUCUUGCACUACAUGUAAAUAAUCUUUUUUGAUAGUACAGUACACACAUGUAUUUCAUUUAUUUUUCUUGACAUUAACAAUGCAGUUAUAGUAGAAUCGUCAUCAUUGGCGACCGUGCGGUGCGACCAGGUCGUGUGGACCGCGUUCAGAACUGGUCUCCGACCGAGCGACUGCCGUGAAUUGCUCGACCAACAGUAAGAUUUUAUAUUCGUCCAUCCCUUUGAAUGGAAUGUUUGUGGCAUUUUCUUAAGUGGAGAUAUUUCGAUGUAUCAUUCCAAUCUGUAAAAUACUUCUGGUAUCUUGCAUGAAAAGUAAGCUUUGUGUAUUUCCAUUUUUUUUUCUUCCUACGUCCAAUGACAUAGUUGCACUUACUGAAAUGAUGCAAUAUUAUUUUUUGUAACGGCGACGAAUCUGAGUUCGCGGCCGAGCCGCCCGAAGACUGCGGGCCGAUCCGUGUGAGGACGCUGUGACCUGUUCAUGGUGGAGUCCGGGAGGGGGUGGGGUGGGGGGAGGGGGUCUCGAGCAACAUGCUCUAACGGGGAAUCGCGUGUAAACUUCCAUUAGUGACUUUCCAUUUCCUGCGCUUCUGCCAUUUCCAUUAGCUGCAUUAGCUGCUGACGUACAGUUAUUCUAUAUGCUAACAUGGAAAAAAAAUAAAUGUACCUUCAACCAGUA